AUGCCAACAAUUGAAGUUGAGAUAGAUAGUGAUAUAAUCCAAUCAAGCACCUCGCAAUUUAGUGAAACAAAUGAUGAUGACGGUGUUUACUGGCAAAACAAAAAAAAUAGAAUGAUGGACAUGGAAGUUCAUGUUCUCGGGGAAGAGAUAUCUGGCAACUGGCAACAGCUUCAAUACCCUCUCAUUUACAUAUCGAAUAGGAGCAACAACUGUAAGAGACAUCGUAAGAGAUACGUGUGA